GGGUCUCGCUCCUCAGAACAAGCCAGAGCUUCAAAAAGUCAUGGAGAGACGAAAAAGAGACCAGGUUUUCAAGCAGAAAGAAGAGGAGGCCCAGAAGAAGAAGUCAGACUUGGAAAUAGAGCUUCUCAAGCGACAACAGAAAUUGGAACAACUCGAACUUGACAAGCAGAAGAUCCAGGAGGAACAAGAAAACGCCCCCGAGUUUGUGAAGGUGAAGGGCAACUUGAGAAGAACGGCCCAG